CACACAGACACACAUACUCACACACGCCGCCAGAACCGGUCGACCUAGUGACGCGCGCGUUCGCGCUCCCGACUCACGCGCUUCGACCCCCGCCCCCCCCACAGGCGAACCACCCUCGACGCCUCGAGCCGCGUCGCCUGCCGCCUCUGGAGCCGCGUGUUGGGCAGCCUGCGCCACACGCUCGCUCUCCCACCCCACCCUCUGCGUCUCCGUCGCAUUACAAACGAGGGCCAGUCACUCACAGAGUCACUCCACCGAGUCACUCUCAGAGUCAGAGUCACUCGCCUCCUUCUCUCGCGUUUACUCAACCAUGGCUCGCGCCGCCGCCACGACGGACGAGGAGCGCGACAUCUCGUGCCCCAUCUGCCUGGAGAUCUUCGUCCAGCCCGUGUACCUCCACUGCGCCCACUCCUACUGCUCGGCGUGCAUCGAGCGACACUGGGACGGCGAGUCGGGCGCCAACUCGGGCGGCUUCUCGUGCCCGCAGUGCCGCGCCUCGACCGCAGAGAGGCAGACGCCGAGCAGGAACGUGGUGCUGGCCACGCUGGUGGAGCAGUACAGCAAGAAGACGGAGCGCCUCUGGUCGUUGUCUCUGCUGGAGGAUGGAGGAGACGCCGAGGCACGAGAUGACAUCGCGCCUGGCAGGGAUUCGCGCGAGGCGCCCGCGAGUGACUAUGAGUCGGCCCGCAACAAGCUUCAGGAUAUCUACCCGGAGUGGACAGAGAAGCGGGAGGAAACCAUUCAGAACCUGCAGGGGAUGGUGCAGGCGAUACGCGAACGGCAGAAGAACGUCAACAUCGCCAAGGUGACCGGCAGCGCCACAGGCAUCGUCGGUGGCAUCAUGUCCAUCGUCGGCCUGGCCCUCAUCCCCGUCACCUUUGGCGCGUCCCUGGGCCUGAUCAUCGGCGGCGCUGCCAUCGGAGUGGCCGGGGGAAUCACGGGCGCCGGAGCUUCGAUCGCCCUCACCGUCCUCAACAGGAUGGACAGCACCGAGGCGCAGGAGCUCCUGACGCAGGACACGGAGCUCAGCGUCAGGUUGCACGAGGCCAUGGUGAGACUCAAUAGGGCGGCAGCGGGCAGCGGUGAGAGCAUGAGUCCCGGGAGCUUGAACCUGCCUCAGGUGGCGAAGAACAUCACGCAGAUCAGCAUCGCGGCAGCCACGGUGGUGGAGGACGUGGCAGUAGGGGCGCUGAGGGGCACAGCCGGGGCUGCGCUGCGAGUGACAGGCUUCGUGCUGAGCAGCGUCUUCCUGGUGGUGGACCUCGCGAGCGUGGUACACUCCAGCCUACACCUGAGCAACGGCAGCCCAUCUGAGGUUGCCGAUCAGCUGCAGGAGGUCGUGGACUCGCUCCAGGGUCAGUUGGACCAGAUGCACAAACUCUACUACCAGCUGUGAGGCCACCCACACUGGCAUCUCCAGAUUGUACUGCACGACUUGCGUGGCGUACGUAAUGAUUGUGACGAUGACAGUUUGGUGACCGUAAUUACAAUCUGCUCUCGUAUAAUUCGAUGGUAGUUGUGGUCAUGAAGAACACCACCUUAUGGAAAAAUCGCGUUAUAAUGAAUAAUAUAUAAUAUUGGGUAAAGCAGAGUCCACGAUAACACGUGAGAUGAUGCGUACGCAGGCUGAACAAAACACCGAGGGGUGUGGGUAGCAUCUAGAAGCAUCCAGAAGCAAAACAAUGCCUUGUACGAUGCUACUCUGAGGCAGCCGUACAACCACUACUCAUACUCGUACGACGUAGUUCAGUUCACUCAAUCGCAUUAUAACGAAUUUGCAUCCGCAUUAUAAAACAUUUGUUCCCUAAUACAUUCGUGUUAUAUUCAAUUCGCGUUAUGAAAACACGUGUUAUAUGAGAAUAGACUGUAUAUGAUGAUUAUGAUGACAGUUGGGUAACUGUCGUCUUGUAUUUCUCCUACUUGCUGCUAGAACGUGCGGUAAACUACAUCCCUUGUCAAUCCAGUGCUGGGAUGAGUGUUGCACCAUACUACGAGGGUCUAUUAACUAUAACCACAGUAGACUCGAUUACCUGAGUGACAUUUAUCUGAUUUGUCAAUUAACAGAGCACCUCAGAUUUUGACAUUUAUUAAUAAUUCAUGUAUUUUCCCUUAAGCCCAAAUUAAUAAUAAAAAAAUAAUUAUAGUUAUUAUAAAUGUUUAUUACAAGUCACGUACUGAAACCGAACAAAUAUGUUAAUCCCAAAACCACGUGAUUGCCUCUACAGUACAGUAGUUUCAAAUAUUUUCAAAAGUGGGCAGAGUUUGAUUGAUGUUGAUUGGCAUGGCUCUGCUGUCCACCUAGUGGGCCAAAUCUUAUGCUGGGCAGGACCAGGAAAGUCUUAUCACUGAAUACUCGUAUCAUCAAUCAUUAGUAUUCAUUCUUAAUUUAUACCAAUACUAGUAGUUUUUGUCAUGGAGAUCUGCGGAAAAUGGAUACUUUUGAAUUAUUCAUGAUUUUGAAUUAUCUACGGCCAUCCUCCCCGUCAUUAGCACAGAUAAGUCAGUGUACUGUAACAUUUUUUUUUUAUUUUACCAGGGAAGGCCCACUGAGCUAUAUAGCUAUUUUACAGGUGUGACUUGCCCACAAAUGAUAGCUCAGCAAAGUGGCUUAUCAUGUGGGAAUUUAUAGCAG